GUCACACUGCAUGGUUAAAUACACAGUAUUGCAUACAGAGCCUUUCCAAUUUCCAGGGGUAAAUCUGAAAGAAAAAGCUCAGGCAAUGGCUACUCCAUCAAAGUCCAAGAAAUCCAUAGGAUCUUUAUUUAAACCUAAAAACAAAAAGCCGCUAGCCACGGCUGUUUCGGUUGAUGAGAAGAGGACGACAGACCCAGUGCCUCGAGAUGGUGGUCUUCGCAGCAAAUCAUUGGGCAACAUUCAUGAGGUGAAAGUAGAAGAAGAAGGCGCACAGGAGGGAAACUGGCAUGAGAUAGCACUCAUCAAAAGCACCUGUCCAGUCGUUAUGUGUAUCUUGCCCUCAGUUGCAAAGGACUUUGUGGCGUCAGCCUUGCUUGCGAUAGGAGCCUACCCUCUAAUACCAGAAGAGGCAGAAGAUGUAAGCUCCCAGUUAGCUACUGCUCAGGUACUACUAGUGGACACAUCAUCAAAAAGAGACAUUGUUGAAGCAGUUAUUGAGCAUUAUAGUGUUAGUAGCAUUCCACUGGUCGUCGUAGCCUGGGAGUCAGGGACAGACGAUGCCAGGAAGGACUUGACAAGAAAGCUAGUGACAACGUGUAAUCCUGCAGUUAUCAGUGGCCGUCUUGGAGACAUAUGUGCAAUAUCUUUGGACAUAAUGAGCAGAGCUAAGGGUAUUAUUAAUGCUGAAGAUGAUGCGAAUGCCAUGUGCUCGUUAAAGCCUGCCGGUGAUGAAGAGCGACCAUCAACGCCUAAUGCAACAUGUAGCAUUGAGAAGUCACCACGUUUUAUAAGGAAGAAAGAGAAGAUAUUCCAAAGGCAGAACACAGCCAUACCUCAAAUAGUGCUAAAAGGGCAAUUCCGUCAUCAAUCUAUUAAAGAUGUUUCAACAGAUAAAGCUCUUGACAGUGGUAGGAAGCUAGCUGCACAGUUAGCUUGUUGCAUCCACCUGUUUGAAAUCAACGUUGUAACGUGUGGCGAAUUCUUCUAUGAAAUCAACAACACCCAAUUAGGCAUGGACAAACUACACUGCACUGUCCAGUGUGCUGCUGGAAUCAUGGCAGCCACUAUAGGAUCAGUCAAAGGAAAGGGAGAAGAUGUCUCUCUCAUGACAUGCGGCCAUUCUCUCUCAUUGUAUCACGUUGCAGCUGAAGAAGCAGCUGUGAAAGUUUCCAAAAGUGAAGAGCUAGUCAGUCCUGGGUCUUUAAGAGUUGAGUUUAUUAACAUGUUACAUAGACUUGAUGAGAUUACUGUUAAGAGUAAAGCAAAAACAGUUUUUCAUAAUGCUCCGCCUAGUCACUGAGACAAAUUCAUGAUUUUAAAAGCAUUUUAUUUUAUAUCUUUUCUCUGUGACGUUAAAAUUGUGUAAAUUGAGUUUUAUAUAUUAACUAAUAAUUAUUAUUAUUUUUAAUAAGACUAAUGUUAUAAUUAUUAUUAUAAUUGUGUGCAUCAUGUGUGUGUCAGAUGCUUCAUAAAAAUAAAAAUAAUUUUUAUUUAUUUAUUUUGAAGAGCCUAAAACCAUAGUACUUAAUGUAA